ACCACCACACACAGCAAAACAUAAACACAACUCACUUCAAGCAGAGCCACAGUUCCUCGCCGCACCCUCAUCGACCUCCGCCGACGCAUUCCCGCCGGCGUACAGCUCCUUCACCGUCUAUCCACCAUCACAGUUUUAACCUAUUCGCGCACUCUUCACUUUAAUUUCACCGAUUUUGUUAGUUCAGUUGUUCAAAAAAAAUGACACGUAGAAACCAACGUUUGAAGAAAGAGUAUUUGUAUAGAAAAAGCUUAGAAGGAAAAGAGCGUGUGAAUUAUGAGAAUAAACGCAAAAUCAGAGAAGCUCUUCAAGAAGGAAAGCCUAUACCUACUGAGCUUAGAAACGUGGAAGCGCAACUUCGUCGCGAAAUUGAUCUGGAAGAUGAAAACACAGCUGUCCCAAGAACACACAUUGAUGAUGAGUAUGCAUUUGCUGCCGAGAAAGAUCCUAAAAUUCUGCUGACCACAUCCAGGAAUCCAACCGCUCCUCUUCAACGGUUUGUAAAGGAGUUGAGUAUUGUCUUUCCCAAUGCUCAAAGAAUGAAUCGUGGUAAUCAGGUUGUUUCAGAGAUUAUAGAAUCCUGCCGGUCACAUGACUUUACAGAUGUUAUCUUGGUUCAUGAACAUCGUGGUGUGCCAGAUGGUUUAAUAGUUUCUCAUUUACCAUAUGGUCCUACUGCAUAUUUUGGAUUACUCAAUGUGGUUACAAGGCAUGAAAUUCAAGACAAAGAAGCCGUUAAAACCAUGCCUGAGGCUUAUCCGCAUAUUAUUCUUGAUAAUUUCAAUACUAAGUUAGGUGAAAGGACUGCCACCAUUCUCAAAUAUCUAUUUCCAGUGCCAAAACCGGACACAAAACGAAUCAUCACAUUUGCUAACAAGUCUGACUAUAUCUCAUUCAGGCAUCAUAUACAUGAAAAGCAAGGGGGUCCUAAAUCUGUAACAUUGAAGGAAAUUGGUCCACGGUUUGAAUUGCGACUAUAUCAGAUAAAAUUGGGAACAGUGGAUCAAGCUGAAGCUCAAACAGAAUGGGUCAUCAGACCUUACAUGAACACUACCAGGAAGAGAAAGUUUCUCAGUAAUUGAUGCAGGCAUAAUAACAGCAAAUGUUAGAGCGGUGUUAGUGAAGGUGCGGGUAUUAAACAUUCUCUUCGGGAUAGCAUUUCACUGUGAGUCUGUGACCGUAAAAGAAAAGCUGAAAUUUUGGAAUCAACACUUCAGCACAACAAAAUUACUAGAAAAUGGAAAUUGAAAUGUGCUUGCUGUUUAAUUGUUGAUGAAUUUUGUUUUUUGAGAAUUUAAUUUUUAUAUAUGAUGUCAUUUGCUGACAAUUUGGAGACUAAACUUAGUAAGGGUUUGUGUAUUUUAACUUUUUAUGAUUAUUAUAGUUUAAGUUUUUGAUAAAGCUAUGAACAAGCUCUAUUAGACUUGUCUUG